UUCCUUUUGUAUUGUCCCACAACCACCAGCUUUCAAUUUUGUGCAAGCUCUCCGCAUAUUUUUCAUCUGGGCAUCUCUUUCUUUUCAUCUCCACCAUUUUUUUUAAUGUUGUUUUAUCGAACUCAUCAUCUCCACAAAAUCCCAAGGUCGCUUCUGUAGUCCGUUUCGCCAGGGUUCAGCUCUGAAUUGCCGAUGGGACAGUGCUGGACUAAGCUGCAGCCUGGCAAGCAUUCGUGUUUAUGGCCUUCGUGCAAACGAGGUACCAAAGAUGAGACCGUGCCUCGUGAUCUGACAGGUGGCAACGUCCGCCUAAUAAACACGAUGGAGAAGUGGGAGAAAGAGACAUCAGAAGCUUAUAAGGAUGGCAAAAUUGUGGUGGUGAAUUUCAGUGCAUCUUGGUGCAGUCCUUGUAGACAGAUAACAACGGCUUAUAGCGAACUUGCUGAUAAAUAUCCCGCCAUGUUGUUUUUAACCGUUGAUGUCGACGACUUAGCUGAAUUCAGUAAUUCAUGGGAUAUAAAAGCAACACCAACAUUCUAUUUCCUGAGAGAGGGAAGACAAUUGGACAAACUUGUAGGUGCUAACAAGUUGGAGCUUCAUAAGAAAACUAUGGCUAUUUCUGAGUCAAACAAUUGACUUUGACUUUGUCUUUUUUUUUUUAGGAAUUAAAAAAAAAAGAAAAAGAAAAAAAAGGGACAUAUUAUAUAGCAUGUUUCCAUUUGUUUUUGUUGUAUGAUUUUUCAUUUUCUUGGUUUAUAACUACUUUUACACCACCAUACAAUUGCUAAGGCAAGUUUCUUGUUUGUAUAAUUAGUACAAGAAAAUGGGAAAUUUGAACAGUUUUUGCAAAUAUUUUACAAAAAGAAAAAAAAAAAGAUUCGAAAUAU